CGACACUGACAUGUGGUUCUAGCUGUCAAGGAGAUAAUUCUCGCAUGGCAGCUGCAAUGCGCUUUGCGCGUGGUUGACGUCCAAGCAUUCCUCUCACCUAUAAAGACGGGAUCGCAUAAGCUCAUACCUUUCGUUCAUCUGUGUUUCUCGGGCCCUGCAUCUUAACCUCCCAUUCUUCUGUCAAUUGACACAAACGGGGAGACAAAGAAGCAAGUCCGACGAUUUCGCGAUGGAGAGACCCCCCUCAUCUAAGACCGAGGCGACGCGCCUCCGUUGGCAGGAGGUCGACGAAGAGACAGGCCUCCAGUCCAAGAAGGAACCCCCAUUGCUGGCUCGCACUGCGUCAAUCGCUUCCAACAGCUCCCAGGUGUCGAGUCGCAGUCGUAUGCGAAGAGCGACGGUCGACCCAUCGCUUUCCCUGCCGAUCCAUUACCGCACAGUUUCAUUCGACAUCGACGAAGCGAAAGAGAGAGAACAGGCCGAGACAGCCAAAGCCAAGGGAACUGUCGUAACAGACCUCUCCAACCUCGACUGGCACACAAUAACCUCGGAGGAACUACAAAAGCGGUGGCAGGUUGACAUCUCUCAGGGCCUAUCGCACGAUCAGGUACAUCGUCGGGUCCGGGAAUAUGGAAAGAACGCGCUCUCUCCCCUGCCCCACCAGUGGUUCUGGCAGAUCUUUGGAUACUUCUUCAAGGGCUUCGGGGCGAUCCUGUUAGUCGGCUGCGUGCUGGUGUUCGUCUCGUGGAAGCCCCUAGGCGAGCCUCCGUCGACGGCGAAUCUAGCCUUGGCGAUUGUGCUGCUCGCGGUGUUUUUCAUCCAGGCGGCGUUCAACGCAUGGCAGGAUUGGUCGUCUUCCAGAGUGAUGGCCUCGAUUACCGCCAUGCUGCCAGAGAGCUGUCUUGUUCUGCGCGAUGGCUCGAUAUCUGUAAUCUCCGCCCCAGACAUCGUCCCCGGAGAUGUGGUCCAUCUCAAAGCAGGAAAUAAACUGCCUGCGGACGUGCGUCUAGUCGAGGUCUCUAAUGACGCGUGCUUCGACCGGUCAAUCCUGACGGGCGAGUCUUUGCCCGUCAGCGGGACUGUCGACUCUACGGAUGACAAUUAUCUGGAGACGCACUGUAUUGGACUUCAGGGCACACACUGCGUUACUGGCAGUGCGACCGGCGUGGUUGUCUCGAUUGGAGAUUCAACGGUUUUCGGACGCAUUGCUAAGUUGACGAGCGAACCGAAGAAGGGACUUAGUACCCUUGAAAAAGAAGUUUUGCGUUUCGUGUCGCUGAUUGUGGCGAUUAUGCUGACUAUGAUUAUUGUCGUGAUUAUUGUCUGGGCUACCUGGCUUCGCAAAGACCAUCCCGACUGGAUCAACGUGCCAACCCUGAUCGUCGACUGCGUUAGUGUCGCGAUUGCGUUCAUCCCAGAAGGUCUCCCGAUUGCCCUCACUGCUAACCUGACCAUCACUGCCAAUCUGAUGAGCAAGAACAAGAUCCUUUGCAAGUCCCUCAAGACCGUCGAGACACUGGGUGCAGUCUCAGUGAUAUGCUCUGACAAAACAGGAACAUUAACAAAGAACAAAAUGUUCGUAACAGACUGCGCCAUAUCGACCUCCCGCUUCAGCACGGAAUCAGCAAGAGACGAAAUAGUCACUAAAGGAAGGAAAUCUGGCAUUCACCAGCUCCGCGGGAUGUCUGGUCUCUGCAACGCAGCAGAAUUUGAUGGCGCGUCUAUAAAACGGCUACUGCAUGAGCGGGAGAUUCACGGAGAUGCCACCGAUCAGGCUAUUCUGAGGUUUUCGGAGAGCCUGGGCCCGGUGGUGGAGCUGCGACGGGCGUGGAGAAAGUCGUAUGAGUUGGCUUUUAACAGCAAGAAUAAGUUUAUGAUUCGCACGUUUUGUCUGACUGAGGCUGAGGGAUUGGGAUCGGCGAUGUCUGCGGCCGAGUCGGCGCAGUUUAAGCGGAAUGAUACUCUUCUCACGAUAAAAGGAGCUCCUGAUAUCCUCAUCGAGCGAUGCACACAGAUUGUGGAUACCGAUGGCAGCGUCCAACCUCUGGAUGCACGGAUGCUGGCCCACGUCAGAAUUGUUAAAGAUCAGUGGUCCAAUGACGGGAAACGAGUGAUUCUGCUUGCGCGAAAGGUUCUUCCGGCGGCAGAUGUCAUGUUCUCUACUACAUCGCGAGAGUUCGAAACGGAAGUCCUGAAUCACGCGAAGACCGGACUGAUUCUCGUCGGUCUGGUUGGCAUUGUUGACCCCCCGAGAGACGAAAUCCCCGAUGUGGUCCGCACACUGAGACGCGCUGGUGUCCGAUUCUUUAUGGUCACCGGCGACUUCGGACUCACAGCCCUAGCCAUCGCGCGCCAAUGCGGCAUCGUGACCACCCAAGGCCCAGUCCACGACGUCACAUCCCUCAAGCGAUCGAACACGACCGACGACGAAAAGGCUCUCACCCCUACAUCUACCUCCGCCUCCGCGUCCGCAAUCACCCUCAGCGGCCCGGAACUAAUGAGCCUAAACGACCACCAAUGGGACCAACUCUGCCAAUACCAGGAGAUCGUCUUUUGGCGCACAACCCCUGAGCAAAAGCUGCGCAUUGUGCGAGAAUUUCGCGCGCGCGACGAAAUCGUCGCCAUGACCGGCGACGGGGUCAACGACGCACCGUCGCUCAAAGCAGCGGAUAUCGGAAUUGCGCUGGGAAGUGGCUCCGACAUUGCCAUCGAGGCGUCAGAUAUGGUCCUGAUGGAGUCGUUCUCUGCUAUUGUUGAAGCCGUGCAGUAUGGCCGUGUGGUGUUUGAUAAUCUGAAAAAGACGAUCAUCUAUCUCCUUCCAGCGGGCUCUUUCUCUGAGUUCUGGCCUGUGUUCACGAACGUCAUGUUUGGACUUCCUCAGGUUCUGUCUUCUUUUCUCAUGAUUAUCAUCUGCUGUUUCACCGACUGCGCCGCCGCGACCGUCCUCGCCUACGAAGCCCCCGAAGCCGACGUCCUCCUCCGCCCACCCCGCAAGCCCAAACAAAACCGGCUCGUCGACUGGAAACUGAUGCUACACGCGUACGGCGUGAUCGGGAUGAUCGAGACCGUGACUUCGUUUGCCAUGGCCUUCUGGUACCUGGAGCGCAACGGCAUCCCGUUCUCGGCCCUGUGGUUCAAGUUCGGCGAUUACCCGAGUGAUAUUGAUUCUGCCUGGCUGAAUGAGAAGCUGAAUGAGGCGAGCUCGGUGUAUUUUGUCAAUUUGGUGGUUAUGCAAUGGUUCAACCUAAUGGCCAUCCGCACUCGCCGCCUCUCGAUCUUCACACACCCACCCGCCUUCAACAAGCAAACCCAGAACCUUCUUCUCUUCCCCGCCAUCCUCUUCGCACUCGGAAUGGCUGUCCUAUGGCUAUACAUCCCGCAACUGCAGCGUGUGCUAGAUACGACUAGCGUGCCAGCGGAGCAUUAUUUCCUGCCCGCGGCGUUUGGACUGGGCAUUUUGAUUCUGGAUGAGUUGAGGAAGACGGCUGUCCGGCGGUGGCCGGAGGGGUGGGUGGGGAGGUGUGCGUGGUAAUGGUGGCACGUAGUAGGUCUUGCAAGUAGUGGGGGAGAUAAGGGAAUAGAGCGAUGGGAGAUAUGCGGAUACAUAUAGAGAUGGCUGAUUUUUGAUAAUAUAGGGAGGUGUGAGGUUAGGUUAAUGUCUAUGGUUGCGAUUUCGCGGAUUUCUCCAGCUGAUGAUAACUGGUGGUUAAUGUAGGUAGAUUGGGCUGUAUAUAGUAAUCAAUUUCCGUCCGGCCAAC